AUGAUUUCAAUUGCUCAGUGGCUUACCUCUUUUUCGGUUGGAGUUUUGGCCUCUGCGCAGGGGAUACGUUUCUUAAAGACUGCCAAUGAAGAGGAGUCGCCUACCAGGAUCGCUAGCCAGCGGGAAACGGCGGCUAUCGAGGGAUUGGCCACGGAGGAACCCAAGAUCCUGGGGUCUGAAAGGAUCAGCAGUGUCCUGCAGCACAUUUUCAGCAGUGAGCAGAACUCAAGUCACGUUUACAUAGAUGCCAUGCACAAUCGCAGUGCCAAAAGGGAGGGUUAUGCUCUGGGCUCCGAGUCCCUAAACCAAAUGCUGGAGGACAUCAUGAUCCCCGUUGGGAAUGGGAGCAACAGGACCUUGUCCGUGGAGCCUGCUGUUGAAGCUUAG